AGUUUGCGCGCACUCGCGUGGCCGUUUAUUGUAUGAGAGGGCGAACCGAAACCAACGGAAAAGCCACGUAAACUGCAGGCAUGGCUGCGAUCAGGAAGAAGCUGGUGAUUGUUGGGGAUGGUGCAUGUGGCAAGACCUGCCUGCUGAUAGUCUUCAGUAAAGACCAGUUCCCCGAGGUCUACGUACCCACUGUCUUUGAGAACUAUGUAGCUGACAUUGAGGUCGAUGGCAAACAGGUGGAGCUGGCGCUGUGGGACACGGCGGGUCAGGAAGAUUACGACAGGCUCCGCCCCCUCUCCUACCCAGACACUGACGUCAUCCUCAUGUGCUUCUCCGUCGACAGCCCAGACAGCUUAGAGAACAUUCCAGAGAAGUGGACGCCUGAGGUCAAGCACUUCUGCCCUAAUGUUCCCAUCAUCCUCGUGGGCAACAAGAAGGAUUUGCGUAAUGACGAGCACACGCGACGUGAGCUCGCCAAAAUGAAGCAGGAGCCAGUGAAGCCGGAGGAGGGGCGGGACAUGGCGAACCGCAUCAGCGCUUUCGGUUACAUGGAGUGCUCGGCCAAGACGAAGGACGGCGUGAGAGAGGUGUUUGAGAUGGCCACCAGGGCGGCGCUGCAGGCCAGGAGGGGCAAGAAGAACAGCAAAUGCCUCCUCUUGUAGAGCGGACUGGAGGACUGUGGCCCGAGGGAGCAGGGCCUGGCGUCCUGUGGGUAGGAGGGAGACAGGAGACCCAACGUGUAAACCCCAGCGGGCCUCCCCAUGCACGGACUGACUGCUGGAGAUCAUCUUUUUUCUUCUUCUUUUUUUUUUUUUUAUUCCAAUUUUUUUUAAAUCAUGAAGACAUUUUGGUAUUUAAAACUCAAAGCAAAAUGGACACCAAGGACAUUUUUUGUACGUAACCCUGUGAGUGAAUUCUCACCUCGGCCAGCUUGCCUCCCGUCUGCUGUCAUGUGACCCACCAAGUCAUUUGAAAGGGGGCGUGUCUUCUGAACCACGGCUCCACCCCCUCAGCCCUGCCCACUUGUGAUUGGGAGUUUUGAACACAGUGGAUUUCUUAACUGCUUGUCUCUGUAUAAAUCUUUUUUUAUUAAGGAAUUUUGGAAAAAUAAAGGGGUUUAAGCAAAAUUGACAGGAAAACAUGCUGUAUACAAAUGUGUGUGUAUAUAAGCCUUGCAUAUAUCCUUAUAUACACACGGGUGUUAACUGGAAACUGUAAAAAA